AUGAAUUCCUAUUAGUAUGUGAAUAAGCUAAAGAAGCAAAUCAAAUAAACUUCUACACAAGGAUGGAAGCAAAGAGUUAAUUAGAAGACAUCAUAUAUAAAUUAGAUUCCACUCUCGAAUGCAUUAGAGAGAUUUCCUCAGUUCUUUGAUGAUAUAAAGAUUUCAGUAGUGUAGAAGAGCAUUAAUGAGAUAGAUCGUUUACCUUACAAAUAUAAUAAUAUUGAAAUUCUUUACCUUAGCAACAAUAAUUUAACUGACUUAGAAGGUAUCCAGCAAUUCAAAAAGUUAAAAACAUUAACUUUAGCCCAUAAUGAGCUUUCAAAUGUGAAAAUUCUCAGGUAGAUAUCUUAACUAAAUUCUCUAGAGUAAUUAAAUUUAUCUGGAAAUCCCAUAGCAAAGCAUCCAAAUUACAAGAUUUACUUAUUGACUGUUCUACCAAAUUUAAAAAGCCUUGAUGGAAGACCCGUCAGCGAGGAGGCAAGAUUAAAAGCGGAAAUAAAAGCAAAAUAGCAAACCCAACUUCUGCAGUUGAUGUUGAAGAAUUAUUGCGAAAUAAUUAAACUAAAUUCAUUUGGGAGAAAGAUUGAUCUGCACAGAGAAAUGAUAUAAAAUAAUUUAAAAUUUGUAAAAAAUAUGGAAAAUAAGGAAUUGAAUCAUUAUUCCUUCAAAAACAAAUUUGAUUUUAUGCAGACUCUCGAUGAAUAUAAUAAGAACGAGCUAUAAGACUUGCUAUUGAAUGAUAUUCUCACCUUCUAUGAAUAGUUUUAAUAACAAAACCCAAAUAACAAUGAGGAAGAUAACUACGAUAAGGCUUUCUAAGAAAUGAUCAAACAAUAAAAUAUCAAAUUAGCUGAGAUAGAUGUUCUCCUUGAAAAAAAAGUUUAAAAUUAUAAUGAAUUUUUAGAAGAAAUGAUAGCUAAAUUUAAACCUCUGCCUCAAAAUGUAAAAACAUUUUCUCCAUCUAGAAACUUGGCAUCUUCUGAUGCUUAAAACAAGACCAGUAGCAGACUAAAUUUCAAAACUAGCGAGAAUAAAGCGAAGUAGAUUCUUAAAAAUAGCAAAUCAAACUAGAGUCUACCCACAUCGGAUAAAGCAGGUGCUCUGUAGUCUCUAAAUAAAAAAAAGUUAUCUAGAGAUUUUAAAUAAAAUAAUAUUCCUGAUGAAGAGAGAGAUUUAUUCUAAAAGAUAAAUCAAGGAAAUUCAAACACAAAUGAAAGCUUCAAUCCUGUUUCGCCUAUCACUGACAAUUAAAUUUUCAGUACUUCGAAAGAUAAAUUAUUUUUUACUUCAAAUACUUAGCAAGAUCAAAUUCAUUACACUUAGCUAUAAGAAGAAUAAGAUAUUUUGUUAGGGAAAUAAUAAAAAAACUAAAAAAAUGAACAAACUUAGCAAUAGAGAUUCAACACUUAUUAAAGUUAAUAGCCAACAAAUUAAAAUAAUUUACAAAGAAAUUUAUCAGCUGAGAAUAUAUUGUACCAGAGAAGUGGGUCUCCUAGUGAUUACGUUAUCAAGGAUAGAUACUAUUCUCCAACCAAUAAUGAAUAAGUCAGCAGAAGAAACUAAGGUGGUUACGAUUCUUCUCUUGAGAAUACUUCCCGUGGAGUGGCAAACAAUUAAUAAUAAUAAGAAUCUAAAGAAAACUCCCCAAAUAGAACUAUUCCUCAACCAUCUUAAUAUGAAAUAAGACCAAAUCAUCAGGAUGAAUGCUGCAGAAAACUCAUGAAAUCAGCUAGAAAUACUUCACAAGAUUUCUUUGGCAAGCCCACACCUUAUAAGAGAAGAAAUAAAGAGCUCGAAGAAAUUGUUUUUGAACUAAAUAAAAAGCUGUAAAAAAAGGAAGAUGAUAUUGCUUAAUUAAAAUAAUUAAAUGGCACUAUUAAAGAAAAACUUGUUGAGGUCAACAGCAGCAGUGAAAAUAAUUUGAAAAAGUAGUAGCAAGACUAACUAGAAUUAAUGAAAUAGCUGGAGAAAAAUUAAAAUUUAAACAAAGUCUUAGACCAUGAAGUGAAGGAAUUGAGAGAUCAAUUGAACAGGAUGUUAAUUAAAAAUAAUGAACUUAGCAAUGCUGAAAAGAAUAGCAUUUAUUACAAGUAAUAGCAAUAAGACAUUUAAGAAUAAUAUGAUAUACUUUAGUCAGAACUUAAAAAAAAAGAAAUUGCAGAUAAUUUCUGUCAGUAAAGAAUAUUAAAAUUAGGUUUCCUUUACCUUAAGUUUUCUACUCAAACAGAGAAAAAGAUAAAUGAGUUUAGAUAUGACAAGAAAAAUGAAAGAAAUCAAUUUUUAAUUGUCAACUGCUUUAAAAAAAUGAAACGCUAUUCUGUCAUUAAAAAGUUUAGUCGUGUCUCUUUACAAGAAUAGAAUCUUACUUUAUAUCAUAAUUACUUCAAUUCUUGGAAGCGUAAUAUUAUUUUUUAAAGCGAUGUACAGAGAAUGCUAAAGAAGAAGGAGCAAUAAAAUUUGGCAUAAGCAUUCGUUGGAUGGAAGUAAUUUAUUGCUAUAAAAGAAAGAAAUUUAAAAGAAAAGGCAAAAGUUAAAGAAUUUUACUUAAAGCAGCUCCAGAUUAAGAUUUGGAGAGCGAUGAAAUAACAAUACAAAAAGAGCGUUCUUUCUAAAAAAGAACUAGAUUUAUAUCAAUAAAAGGCCACAAUAUUUGAUAAUAGCAAAACUAAGAGAAGGUUUUUGAAACUUUGGAAGUCAUACAUUGUUAAUUUUGCUUUACCAUAUAAAUAGAAAUAAUAAAAUGCUAUUAGAUAAUCUAACUUUUAUCUAUUAAAAGUGGGCUUUGCUAUGCUCGUUAAAAAUCGCAAAGAUUCUAUCAACAAUAAUAUAAAAGUUAACAAAUUUAUUCAUUAUAAAAAGAAGCAGCUACUUCGCUCUGUCUUUAAUUAUAUGUCAGGUCCUUUGGUUGCUUUCUCAAGAGAAAAGAAUGCUAGAAAUAAAGUGGCUGAAUUAUUCAUCAAAAAAAGACUUAUUAAUACCUGGAAGUAAACCUAUUGUAUUUCUAGAAAUUUAAAGAGACUGGAAGAAAAGGCAAAGCAAUUUAGUUUGAAAAAAUUAGUUUAAAGACAUUUUAAUGCCUUGAAGGACUUAAGAGAGAAGGUAAGAAAGAGAAAUUUAUUAGCAAAGGCUGUGCAAACAAGAAGAGAAAAUUAAUAGAAGAGAAUUUCAAUUUUGAAGUGGUUUAAAUUAUCAGUAUCUAAAAAAUCAGAUAGAUUAGAUUAACUCAAGCAAAAGAAUGAUUUAUAGAGAGCUUAUUUCAAGUAGUGGCUUCUGCUUAUUUAGUAAAGAGUUUAGAAAAAAUAGAAAUAAAGAUAGAUUCUGAAUAUGGCUGACAAAAAAUCAAAACUGACUCUGUCUUAGGCAUUCAACUCCUGGCUUUAUAUAAUCAAGAGAAAAAUUAGAAAUAGAGGAGUUGUACAAAAUAUGUUAGCUAAAAAAGAAACUUAGUUGCUAAGAAUAUCUUUGUUCUAAUUUUCUAAAGAAUAAAAACUAGGUUUGUAUAAGAAAUUAUUGCAGUACAAAAAUAACCAAACAUUGCUCAAUGCAGAUUUCAAAGAAAAUCAAAUAGUUUUAGAAACAAUAAACGAAGAAAAAAAUGAAAUAGUUGAUAAAUCCCGUGAACUCAUGCAAUAAAAUGUACUGCUUCAAGAACACAUCACAGAAAAGAAUUCAGAAAUUAAUCAGCUGAAGAGAUAGAUUUAAAACUUAGAAAAGUUAGAAGCUAACCAAGAAGAAGUGAUAAAAGACUUGUAACAAAAAAUAGGCGAACAGGAAAUGUAAAUUUUUGAAAUCAAUAACGAGUAUACAGUCUAAAUGGAUUAAGAAGAAAACACCUAAAAGACUAUGAGAAUGGAUAAUAAAGCUAUGCAAAGAGAAAUCCAAAAUCUUCAAAAGGAAUUAGACUUAAAGAACACUUAACUUGCAGAGUAUGAAAGGUCUUUUUAAAAUAGAACCACAGAAUUGUUUGGUGAUAAUAGAGAUCUUUAGGAGAAAUUAUAGAACUCUAUUGUAAUGGCUAAUGAAUUCAAGCAAAAGAUAGAAUAACAAGAUAGCAUUAUUGCUAACCUAGAAAACAAAAUCAUAGAGUUGAAUGAUAAUAAUUAAAAAUAAAAGGAGCAUAUCACUGAGUGUGUGGGUGUUAUUCAAUAAUUUGAAAGCACUUAUGAUGCUAAAGUGACUGAAUACGAAAAUAUAAUUAAUUUACUGAAUACUUAGUUAGAUGAGAACAAAGUAUAAUAGGAACAGUCAAAUGCCAUAAUUGAGUAACUUACUUAGGAAGUAAAAAAAUUAGAAUACGAAGUAUCACUUUUGACUGAAGAUCAUCAUGCUAAUACAAACCAAUUUAUAAGUAGUCUUUAUAAGAGUGGAUAAAAGUAGAUGUUCUCUUCAAUAGGAUUCAAUUAAAAUUUAAACCAUUCGAUUUCUUCAGAAGCUGAUGCAUUUACUCUUAGAAAAAGACAAAAUUAUUUCACUUCUCCUCUCCAAACUGAUCAGAAUAGAAGAACGGCUUCUAAAGAUUAUAAGAUAUUAUAAAAAUCAUUUGAGAGAUAAAGGACUCAAAUGAAAGACAAAAUCUAAUCUCUUACUUAGCAAAUUCAAAACACAUUAAAUAGUUAAGGUUAAGAAGAAUUACUUCCCUAGUAAGAUAUUAAUAUAAACAAUAGAAUGAAUGGUGCCUAAUAUAAUUUUGUCAGUAACGGCUUCCAAUCAGCUAAAUCAAACCAAUCUUAGAUUCUUCUUUCUGCCAAGCCAUAAAACAAAACUUCAACUGCUAAUUUUUUCACAGAUAGAAGAUAAUUAAACUAGGAUAAAUCUUAUGAAGACUCAUCUAAAUUUAUAAAUUUGAAAGGUUCAGGCUUGUAUAGUAAUAAUUUAUUAAAGAACAAUGAGAGAAAAGAAAGCCCUAUUAACAGCUUAAAAGUGACUCCAAAGGUUUAUAAAUAUAAAAAUAGCAGCAUUAGUGGAGGUCUAGGAAUAGGAAUAAAUUUAAUGCCAAACUUCACUGCUUUGGGAUAAUCUUAGAGCACUACUCAUGCAAUAAAAAAUGAUCUCCAUUCUAUUGUAUCUCCUUCUUACAACCUUAGUUCUAAUAUAUAAAAUUUAAGGCCAGACUCUGCUAAAGAAAGUCGUACUUAAAAAUCAAGUGUUAACGAUCUCUCUAUGAUAAAUAAUACUGAAAAUAUUCUUUAAGAGUUAGAAAAAAGUAAAUCAGGAAGAAAGAUAAUAAAAAAUUAAUUGGAAUUAAGAAUUAAGAAUCUUAAUGACAACUUAGAAUAGGACAUUUAAAACGCAAAAAGAUUGAAUGCAGCAAGAGACAACUAAUGA